UAUAUUUGGGUCUUUCUUCCCCAAAAAUACGCCAAACCCUCUGUUCCAAUUAGGGUUUCAGAUAUGGCAAAUCGAACCGACCCAUUAGCAAAAAGCAUUAGAGGAACAAACCCACAAAACUUAGUAGAAAAAAUCCUUCGUUCCAAAAUAUACCAAAACACAUACUGGAAAGAACAAUGUUUCGGAUUAACAGCAGAAACAUUAGUCGAUAAAGCAAUGGAACUUGACCACUUAGGUGGAACAUUCGGUGGUAAUAGAAAACCUUCACCCUUUAUUUGUCUUGUAAUGAAGAUGCUUCAAAUCCAACCUGAAAAAGAUAUUGUUGUUGAGUUUAUCAAGAAUGAAGAUUAUAAGUAUGUUCGUGUUCUUGGUGCUUUUUAUUUGAGACUUACUGGUACUGAUGUUGAUAUUUAUCGAUAUCUUGAGCCGUUGUAUAAUGAUUAUCGCAAGCUUAGGCGUAAAUUAGCUGAUGGGCAGUAUGCAUUGACACAUGUGGAUGAGUAUAUUGAUGAACUAUUGACGACAGAUUACUCUUGUGAUAUUGCUUUGCCCCGCAUCAAGAAAAGAUGGAUAUUGGAACAGAAUAAAACGUUGGAACCUCGGAGAAGUGCGUUGGAAGAUGACUUUGAAGAGGAAGAGGAAAAGGAUGAGGAUGAACCACUUGCCACUGGAUUAGAUGAUGAGCAUGAAAAGGAUUACUAUCGUGGGGCAAGUCCAACUAGGGAGAGAGAUCGGGAUAGAAGACGAGAUAGUCACAGACAUAGGGAUCGUGACUAUGACAGAGAUCGAGAUUAUGAUAGAGACUAUGACCGAGAGCGUGAUUAUGACAGGGAACGUGGCAGCAGGCGUGACAGGGAUAGAGACCGGGACCGGGACCGUCAUCGCCUCAGGGACGAUAAGGACUAUGGACGCGAGAGGGAUCGAGAAAGGGGCAGGGAACGUGAUAGACGUGACCGUGACCGUGAGCGUGGUCGACGUAGGAGUUACUCUAGGAGCAGAAGUAGAAGCAGAGACCGUAAAGAUCGUGAGGAUGACCGUCGUAAAAGGCGCAGCAGUGCUAGUCCUGCUCGGGAUGAACCUAAGAAGAAGAAGGAGAAGAAGGAGAAGAAAGAAAAGAAAGCUGAUGGAACAGAUCAUCCAGAUCCAGAGAUUGCAGAAGCCAACAGGCUUAGGGCAUCGCUCGGAUUAAAGCCUUUGAACUGUUGAAGCUAUGAACAUGUACAUCUGCCUUUGUAGUUUUCGAUAUGUUUGGUGAUGUGUGAUCUUUUGGCCUUGUAGAACCUUUACUAUUUUUCUUUUUGCUCAUUUCCUGUGUACUAAUCUACUACUGUAAGCUGCCAGCUUUGUCCCGUAUUACUUUACUGUUUGCAAA